AUGGUUGAAGAUGAGGUAAAAAAGAUUGCGAUUCGAGGAAAUGCAUCGGGAAUUCUUGGCUUUCGUUUGGUCGGCAGCCGACACUCCGGUGUCUUCGUCUAUAGUAUUCAAGAUGAGCAUAAACAUCAAAAUGGUUUGGAGAUCGGAGAUCGACUCUUACAAUGCGACAAAGUGCCAUUGCAAGGAAGAGCGCCUGAACAGGUAGCCUCAAUUCUCCGUUUUUCUCUCAACCGUUCGAAUCACAUUUUUGUAAUUGUAAAACGCGAGAAUUCGAUUCGAGAAACCCUCGAAAAAGCUCGACAACGAGCGAAUAAAGAAAACGAAUUAGCGGAGAGAUUUGAGGAAAAUGAUGAGGAUUCCGAUGAGCCGAGCAGUUCAUGGAGAGGCUCAUCCGAGGAUUUUUCGAUGAGAGAAAUCACUCCUCCAUCUUCUUUUCUCUCCACAUCUUUCCAUUACGAUUCCCAGACAUCACCGAUGCGAAUUAAGCGACGAAUGGUGAAAUCGUUUACAACUGAGGAUCGGGUGUUGUUGAUAACUUGUAACGCCGAUCAGGAAUACAGAACGCUUGGCCUUUGCGAACGUGAGGAUUUCGAAAUCGACUUCUCGUCGGGGAAAUUCCAAUGCCCGAUUUGCUUCAAAUAUACAGAUUUGAAAAAGCUUCAUCGUUUACGGCACAUGUGGACACUGUCCGCGAGAAGAUUCCUCCCAUUCUCCUUUUCUGAUUAUGCAAUUUUA